AUGGAACCUUAUGUGCCGCUCAAGGUGGGACCAAACGUCGUGAUCCGAAGCACGUGUAUGCAAACCCCAUGCGUUCUGAAACUUGUUGCAUCCUUGCCUUGGGGAUUUAUCUUGCCUGCAACGCUCAGCACGACUCUGGGAAUCUGUUCCCUGGGAAGUCGCAGCGUGAUCGCUUUGGGCGAAGUCUGUGUCAGCUUGUUGGUGUCGCACCUCCGGCUGCUUCCAGCUCUGUUGAACGAUACGUUCAUUACGACGGUGCCGUUGGUCGAGUCGUCGCUGCUGGCAGUGAACCCAUGGCUGCCAACGCUGGUGCUGUGGUUUUCAAGGUUGUGGGUCCACGAAGAGCUCCGUGGCUUGUUGAAGCUCUGCCUGGACUCACUGCAUCAACUUAUUGCGUCUGUACUGUUUGGAGACUUGACCUUGGCCAACACCUUGGGUUCCAUGGUGACUCUUGCCUCCAACAUUUUGCAGCCCACCGGAAUCCCUCCACAUGUCGGUCUCCACGCCCAGCUGGAGCAAACGUCGGUCCUUGUGCGUACACUCCCAACUGAAAUCUGUGAAGGCAUCGAGAAGAUCCUUGAAGACAAAGGUGUGACCGCCGGCAACAUCACUCAGUCGUUGCUUGAAAAGUUUUUGAAGGACGCAGAGGCCUCCGUCGUGUCGUUGACAUCAGCGAGCAAUUCUACCACGGUCGAAGUCACAGACGAAUCGAUUCCAACCCGCCCUGUACUGGGGGGGCGAUGGCACAACCUUCCUGAAGGUUUUGAGAUGCCAUCGGCCGAUGUUGCAACUGCAUGGCAUGUUUGGUGGUGUGGCUCACCGGUACGCGGUUUGCCCCCGCUGUACAAGCUAAGUUCCCGCGACAUGUCAAAGAAGCAAGCCAAGAUCCUGUGUGAGUGGAGUUUUGCGAUUGAUGAGCUGCAGAAAGUUUAUUUCAGCGCAGCUGAAAGAGAACUGGGUCGUCCAAUCAAUUCUGCCUCAGUCAUAUCUGCCUUCAGCACCAUCAUGACUGCCUUGCCUUCGUCGUGGGACAGACUCAACUGGGACGACAGCGUCGGUUGUCUCAGUUGA